UUACCGGUAAAAAACGCGUCAAUGACCAAGCCUGUUUUACCAUACCGGUCAGAAAAAUGCUGAUCUCUGAUUGGUUAAUACAUGUCCAAUCACAGUUUAGAAUUCCCAACGGCAUACAACUGUUUAUUUGUUCUAUCAGAUAAGGAUUUUCAUUGAGAACUUGGUGCAAUGGGGGAGAACAAAUCAAUAUAUAAACAUUUCUCUGCAUUACCUCUGCAAUCUAACCAAAAAUUAAAAUCGUAUUCAUGUAACUAUUGCAAGAGAAAGUAUGCAGAAAACAUUACUCGCAUGCGAAAACAUCUUUAUAAAGAGUGUAGAAGUUGUCCUCAAGACUUACGGAAACUUUUAAAACCAUGUAAACCUCGUAAACGAAAUAAUUCUCAUCUAAACAGCACAGACGACUCAUUUACUAUUGAAGAUUUGAAUGAAGCAGACAAUAGAGCAAGUACUUCAAUGAUUUCAAAUGAAAAUUUACCAAAUAAUAUAAGUGUUUGUAGCAAUAACUAUGAAAAAAAUACAAUCGAUAGUUUUUGUGAUAAAAUGUCAAAAAAAGAUGAAGAUUCUCUACAAGAACUACUUGCAGAAGCGAUUUAUGCAUCUGGUACACCAUUAUGUAUAACAGAAAAUCCAUAUUGGCUAAAAUUUUUUAACGCAUUACGGCCUUCAUUUAAUUUGCCAUCAAGAAAUCAAAUAUCAAAUAAUCUUUUAGAUUCAGUAUUCGUUAGAACACAAAAUAUGGUUAAUGAAAAAAUUGAAUCUGCUACUACUGUUGGAGUGCAAUGUGACGCAUGGUCUAAUAUUCGCAAAGAAGGAAUCAUCAAUUUUAUUGUAACAACCCCAGCGCCAGUUUUUUUCAAAACAUUUCCAACUGGAACCGAAUCACAAACUGCCUUAUAUAUUUCUGAAAAAAUAGGAAGUGUUAUUGAUGCUUUGGGAAUUAAAAAAGUUAUCGGAAUUUGUACAGAUAAUUGUGCUGCAAUGAAAAGUGCUUGGACUUUGAUAGAUCAAAAGUAUAAUGUCGACAAAUUGUAUUGUUAUGGUUGUGCUGCUCACAUUCUUAACCUACUCAUGAAAGAUAUUGGUAGUCAAGCAACUGUUGAAACUUUGGUGACAAGUGCAACAGCUAUUGUAAAAGGAAUAAAAGAAGUACAAAUAAUGUCAGCGAUUUUCAAAGAAAUUCAAUCUCAAGAUGAACGUAGAGUAUUUAUUACCUUAAAAUUACCAGCUAAGACAAGAUUUGGAUCUACUAUAAUUAUGAUUGACAGUCUUUGUGUUAAUAAGCAUAAUCUUCAGGCUUUAGCAAUUUCUUCAAAGGCUAUUACAUUAUGGAAACCUGCUUCUCGUGCUCUUGUACUAAAUGAAGAAUUUUGGAAUAAUCUUCAACAAAUUCUUCAAUUGAUGAAACCGAUUGUAAAGUGGAUAAAUAUUUUAGAGGGUGAUAACCCUUUAAUAAAUAAAGUACAUUAUGUGUCAGAAUCAAGUAUGUGGAGUUACGACUACGUUAAGCGAGCAAGUAUAAUCACUUCAGCAUGUCAAUGGUGGCAAAGUAUUUGCCAAAAAUCUUCGUUGAGCAAAAUAGCUGUGGCUAUAUUGACUUUACCUGCAACAUCAGCUGCAACCGAGCGUUCCUUUAGUACACAAGGAUGGAUUCAUUCAUCUAAAAGAAAUAAGUUAAGUAUCGAUAGAGCUGGAAAAAUAACAUACAUUGCAAGAAAUUUAAAAUUACUUAAUCCUUCACCAAAAAAUACAGAAGAAGAAUGGGAAGAAGAUGAGGAAAGUAAUAAAGGAGAGGAUGAAAUAAGUGAAAUUUGUGCUGAGCAUGAAGAAGUUGAAUUUUUAGAAGAAGAAUUUACUCAAGACUAAUUAGUGAUGUUGAUGGAAUUGAAUCAGUAUUAGACUUGUUAUUUCCUAAUGAAAUAUGUCAAUUAUUA